AGUCACAAACAAAAGAGUAAUAAAGAGGUUAACAAAACAUGGCGUAUGAACCGAUGAAACCCACUAAAGCUGGUUUAGAAGAACCCCUCGAGCAGAUUCAUAAGAUCAGGAUCACUCUCUCUUCAAAGAAUGUCAAGAAUUUGGAAAAAGUGUGCACUGACUUGGUUCGUGGAGCUAAGGACAAGAGACUUAGAGUUAAGGGACCAGUGAGAAUGCCCACUAAGGUUCUUAAGAUCACCACCAGAAAGGCACCUUGUGGUGAAGGUACCAAUACGUGGGACAGAUUUGAACUUAGGGUUCACAAGCGUGUGAUCGAUCUCUUCAGUUCCCCUGAUGUGGUUAAGCAAAUCACAUCUAUCACCAUUGAACCUGGUGUUGAGGUUGAGGUCACUAUUGCUGACUCUUAGACAAACAACACUUGUUCCAAAACCGCUUCAAGAAAGAAUGUAUUUUAUCGUUUCUGGUCCUACAUUUUUGUUUCUGGUUAGUGCAACCUUAUUUCUUGGGUUUUAAUAGUUCUGAGGUGGUUUUGUCUGUCAUAUUUUUUUCAUCUAUUAAGAGACCUUAAUGAACCAUUUCAAGAUCU